UAUUUAUCUGAUCAAUUCAAUAUCAAUUCUUCACCAAAUUAAGAACAAAGUUCUUCAAAACAAUUAUACUCAUAUAUAAUUUCUUUUAAAGUUGUUUAGGGAGAGAAAUGGCACAAAAUGUUACUAGCCAAGACCCAAUGCACCAACUAGCUGGUGAAUAUGGAACUCAAGGUACUGUGCCCCCUACCGGUACUCAUGAUCAUGAUGCUAUGAAGAAAGGACAUGAACAUCAGCAUGAAGGACUACAACAGCUUCAUCGUUCUGGUAGCGCUAGCUCCAGCUCUUCAGAGGAUGAUGGGCAAGGUGGGAGGAGAAAGAAGAAGGGUGUAACUAAGAAGAUUAAGGAGAAGUUAACCGGAGGCACUACUCAUGAUGACAAGAAGGAAAUAGGUCAUAAUCAACAUCAAACUGCACAAACAGCAACUACUACUCAUGCUGCUGCUGUUGAAAAUGAAGGAGAUGAGAAGAAAGGAAUGGUGGACAAAAUCAAGGACAAGAUCCCUGGCAUGCAUUGAACUAUUAAGAAGUUACGGUUUUUUUACCCUUAUGGAAUGCACUGAGUGAACGUGAUGAGUGUCAAGUGUUUUGUUUUGAGGUUGAGUGAUAUUAUUAUAGUCAUAAAGCAUGGUAUUCCCACUUUACUGUAUUACGCGCGGCGCCCAUGCCCCGUGCGCUUCCAUAUGAAGCAAACAUGUGUGAUAUUCAUGCACCUACUACUCUUGUGCAUGGAUGACAUUCAUGUAACGUCUAUGUAACGUCUAUGUCUAAUGUAUGAUCGUGUGUGUGAUGUUUUAGAAAUAAAUAAAGAGCUUUUGAAAAUAUUUCGGAUA